ACAUAAAUACUACUCGCCUCGUGUGCAUGUAAUCAGUCUUAAUUCGAAUAAUCGCCGUUAUCAUUUCCAAAUAAUAGCUGCUCAUCAUGGUCUUCCGCUCAGCCCUGUUGGUCGUGCUGCUCGCUAGCAUUGUGACAGUAAAUUCCAGCCCAACGAAGCAGUGCCAAACAGUGUGCACAGUUGACGAGCAAUGUUGCGAACCUGGCGGAUGCUACCUCAAUAUAUGCACGAGUUGUCGCAUUGUCGGACAGACGUGCCAACGUGACUCCCAUUGUUGUGCUGCAGGAGGUUGCUACGUUAAUAAAUGUAUGUCUUGUCGGACUGUUGGAAUGACUUGUCAAGAUCACAGUCAAUGCUGUGGUAAUGUCUGUGGUGCCCUUGGUCGUUGUGCUUGAGGAUGACGCUGAGUACAUACGAAUAUCCACCAUAUCCACAGAAGCAUAACGUGAAAAACCAAGUACUUUGUUUAGAAUCAGUUUGUAAAAUUAUAACCGUAACUAUUCACAAAGAUUGGGUAAAUAAUGUGAUUAAUUUAAAUAGAACUUGAUUAUACGUAAAUUAAUGAAUGUGUUUCCAUAUGUAUAUGGCAGAUAUUACUGCAAAUGAUAAAUGCAAAUAAUGAUUUUGUUGGAUUAAAUAUCGAGAAUAUUUUUUUUCUAAAUUAAUUCAAUUGCAGAAAAUGGCUUUAGUUGGUGUUUUUAAUACAAUAUAGAAUCAGAUAGAAAAUUUAGUUUCACGGCGUCAUUUUUAUUGAAGAUACGAAUUUAGCUUUCUUUUCAAAAUAAAAUAAAAUCCAAAAUUUAUGAAAAGUCAAAA